CAGAGUGUCGCGGUCGUGCGUUCCUCUCCGUGAGACCGACGCGUUUCCAAACGUCUUGACGCGCGUUUUUCUCAGUGAAGGAGCCCGGACACAGUGAUUCUCUGGAUAAAAAGAGAGUGAGUGUUUUCCCGUGUUACACCUAAAACUGUCACAAACGGCGAUGAUAAGUUUGUGAAAAGAACACCGACCGUGAAUCAACUCAGACAACGAACAGCAUUGAAAAGGAGAAAGUUCCCCACUUGAGGGCGAAAUCAGACUUUUUUGAGGACGCCAAGUUUGAAAAGUGCCAGGAGCCCCGGGGUCUGUGAGAUACAACAUGCAGCAAUGUCCAAAGAGGCAGAGUUGGAUGUGAGAGGCAGUGAGUGCGACACAGUCCCACCAGAGCCCAGCAAAGACCCAGAACCGCCCAGGCUACCUCCAGCUAAGGCUAACGGACCCAACGGCACCACUGGCGUUUUCACGAGCAUCCCCUCCAGUAGCCACAGUAGCAGCAGCACCAGCAGCAGCAGCAGCAGCAGAAGUGGUCUGGGUGGCAUUAGCAUCGUUAGCAGAAGCGCUGAGGGAGCAGGCGAAAGCUCCAUGCAGUUCAGCACCAGACCGCCUAGUGCUGAGCAGCCGGGCUUCAUGGGGACAUGGCAGCAGCAGAGCACUGACAGCAACCUCCUCUACAGAAUGUCCCAGCAGGCCAUUCGCUGCACACUGGUGAACUGCACAUGUGAGUGUUUCCAGCCAGGCAAAAUUCACUUACGAACAUGUGACCAGUGCAAACAUGGCUGGGUAGCUCACGCUCUGGACAAGCUCAGCACCCAGCACCUCUACCACCCGACCCAGGUGGAGAUCGUUCAGUCCAAUGUGGUGUUCGACAUCAGCAGCCUGAUGCUGUACGGCACCCAGGCCGUACCUGUCAGGCUUAAGAUCCUUCUUGACCGCCUCUUCUCCGUGCUCAAGCAGGAAGAGGUGCUGCACAUCCUGCAUGGCCUGGGCUGGACCCUCCGAGACUACGUCAGGGGCUACAUACUGCAGGAUGCUGCAGGCAAGGUGCUGGACCGCUGGACCAUCAUGUCCCGAGAAGAAGAGAUCAUCACCCUGCAGCAGUUCCUGCGCUUUGGUGAGACCAAGUCCAUUGUAGAGCUGAUGGCCAUUCAGGAGAAGGAAGGUCAGGCAGUAACAGUUCCCUCCUCCAAGACAGACUCCGGUAUUAGGACAUUCAUUGAAAGCAACAACCGGACCCGCAGCCCGGGACUCCUGACACACCUGGAAAAUAGUAGCCCAUCGAGCAUUCACCAUUUCGAGAAUAUCCCCAACAGCUUAGCCUUCCUCCUGCCCUUCCAGUACAUCAACCCAGUUUCUGCCCCCAUGCUUGGCUUGCCCCCUAAUGGUCUGCCUAUGGAGCAGUCCGCCCUUCGGCUCCGGGAGCCCAGCCUGCCAAACCAAGGUGAACAGGUGGAGACCAGUGAAUCAGAAGUGUCCCUGUCGCCCUUCCGCACAGGACAGAGCCCUAGCCGUGGAGCCCUGGGAGCCAUUAACAACAUUGAGCCCAAGACAGAGCCCAACAGCACGGCAUCACCCAUCUCACCAACCCCUUCCACCCAACAAGCUCAACAGCAGCAGCAACAGCAGACACAGCUCCAGCAGCAACAAGGCCAACAGCAGUCCCAAAAUCAAUCUCAACCCAACAGCUUGAGUGACCACCCAGUCCACCACCACUUUGUAAAGGAUGAGCAGUCCAAAACCAUCACCCAUCCUUCCUUUUCUGCCAAGAUGAAUCGCAUGCGCCGCAUGGGAGCCACUUCACGCAAGGGUCGUGUGUGCUGCAACUCUUGUGGCAAAACCUUUUAUGACAAAGGCACACUUAAGAUACACUAUAAUGCUGUACACUUGAAGAUUAAACACCGUUGCACCAUUGAGGGCUGCAACAUGGUCUUCAGCUCACUUCGCAGCCGCAACCGUCACAGUGCCAAUCCCAAUCCACGGUUGCACAUGCCCAUGCUGCGCAAUAACCGCGACAAGGACCUCAUCCGUGCCAAUUCAACCACUGGCACACCUGUCAUCUCAAGCACCAAGAGUGGCUUCACACUCACCAGCCCUGGAAGGCCACCACUGGGCUUCACUACUCCACCAGUAGACCCUAUGCUUCAGUCACCCCUUCAAAGUCCACUAGUGUUCCCCUCCCUGAAGUCAGUGCAGCCAGUACAGCCAGUGCCCCCAUUCUACCGUACACUCCUGUCCCCUGCUGACCUUGUCAGUCCUCCAGUGUCGCUGCCCACCAGCCCCAUCCUGCCCACCACCACUAACAGUACCACCCUGAUGGACCAGCAACAGCAGAUCCUGGCUGCUGCAGCUGUGGCUUCACAUAACAAUGUUCAUGUGUCAGAGGCAGGACCCAUGUCCCACCGCUUACCCACACCUACUGCCAAUCAUGACUUCACAAGUGGCAGUAGUGACCCCACGCCCAAAAAGAAGCCUCGCAAAUCUAGCAUGCCAGUAAAGAUUGAGAAGGAAGUGAUUGAUGUGGCUGAUGAAUACGAGGACAAAGAUGAGGAUGAUGAUGAUAACAUCCACCAAAAUCACCACCAUCACCAGUCAUCCCUUCUUCACAACAAUAUCAAAAUCAAUGGAAAUUGUAACAGCAACAAUUGUGGCAGUGGUACUGGGAACCACAGUGGUGGCAGUGGGCAGCAGUCCCCUUCUCAGGACGAGAUGAGCCCUGGCUUAGCUCUGAGAGGUAUGAUGAGACAGAGUGAAGAUGAAUGCAGAGAAGGCACUGGCAGUGAGAGUAGGGGUGGAAAUGAUCUGAGAAGCUCUGGUGAGCUACGUUGUAUGGGGAGCUUCACCUCUGAGGACCAGGACCAUGAGAGAGACUUUGAGAAUGAGUCUGAAACCUCUGAUUCCAAGAUGUUCUACCGUGAUGAGCUUAUGGAUGUGGAGGAACAACAAAAACACAGCAGGGGUGGGAGGGGUCUGAACAAGGAACAGGAUGAUGAGGGUGGCGAGGAAACCCAUUUGAGAAAGGAAAUGGAAGGCAAAGGCCAUUCCUCACCCUCCCCUCCUCAGCCUACUAUCAAGAUCAAGGAAGAACUCAGUGAUCCUACUUAUGACAUGUUCUGCAUGGGCCAGUAUGGCCUCUAUAACGGAGGCAUGGCAGCAGCUGCUGCCGCUGCUGCAAGUAUGGCUGCCCUGCACGAGAGCUUCAUCUCUUCGAUGGGCUAUGGCGCCAGCCCACCCAAAUUCCCUUCUUCUCAAUCACCUGAAGGAGAUCCAUGCUCAAGUCCUGACCCCAAGAUUUGCUAUGUGUGUAAGAAGAGCUUCAAGAGCUCCUAUAGCAUGAAACUGCACUACAAGAAUGUGCACCUCAAAGAGAUGCAUGUGUGCACUGUGGCUGGCUGCAAUGCUGCUUUCCCUUCCCGGCGGAGCCGAGACAGGCACAGCUCCAACAUCAACCUGCACCGCAAACUGCUGACCAAAGAGCUGGACGACAUUGUCCUGGAUCCCCAACUCACGCCACUGCCCAAGGACCUGCGAGCCGAGUUACUGGCCAAGAUCUACGCUGGGCACCACAUGGGCUUGGACCCUAUGGCUGGGAUGGGCAUCGGAGGCGCCAGCCUCGGACCCACAGGCCUGAACCACGAUGCCCGUUCCCCCACGAGCAAUGAAUAUCCCCACCACCCUUUCCACCACAAUCUUAAAAAUCACCACACCAACGGCUUCUCCCAGGGCCAGCCAGAUGACUACAUGGUGCUGGACCUGAGCACCACAUCUAGUGUUCAAUCCAGCAGCAGUGUCCACUCCUCACAUGAGUCUGAUGAGGGCAGUGAUGAAGGCAUCCUAUUGGAUGACCUGGAAGAGGAGGAGGGAGAAGAGGAUGAGGAGGAGGGCAACAGCGAGGGAGAGGACUGCUCCCAGCGUGCCGUGAGGCGAGCUGAAGGGAGGCAUCGGGAUGAGACUGGAGAACUAAGAGGAGAGGGACAUGGUGAGGGGUUGGAAACUUCCUCCUCACCGUUCUUCCUUUCAUCCACCGGGGGCAGUAAUGGUGGCAGCAGUGGGAUCCUCUGCAACAUCUGCCACAAAAUGUAUAGCAACAAAGGGACCCUGCGUGUGCACUACAAGACUGUGCACCUGCGAGAGAUGCACAAGUGCAAAAUCCCCGGUUGCAACAUGGUGUUCAGCUCUGUGCGCAGCCGUAACCGACAUUCUCAGAACCCCAACCUCCAUAAAAACAUGCCCUUCUCCACAAUAAUAGACUAAAUAAUGACUUUCUACUCUAGCCUCCUGUCAGUAUGCCCACUCCUCCCUUCAUUCCUCAUCCUUAUUCCUCCUUAAAUUAGCUUUUAACCCCCGCCCAGGGCCAUCAAAUGCAAGCCAAGUGCUUGUAUGCCUCUUGCCCGUCCUCAGUAAGUCAUUGCAAGACAUUUCUAUGUCCCUCUAUAAAAUUCAUUGACUCUAAAUACAGUUUAUCAUUGUGACCUUUGACUUCUCCUUCUUUGGAAGAACAGGAUGACACUCUUCAGUAUGGAGUUUGCUUUAUAACAAAACUCCAGUUUGCUUUUUUCAUAAGCCCCUCCAUCUUUCCUUUCAAACUUCUCCCCACUUUGUUUUUAUGUCCGUCUCCAAAGAAUCUAUUCAAACUCUUAUUUGUGACUUUGCCUGCAGAAACGAUAGUAUUGAGAAAAAAAAAAAGAAAAUCUUCUUGUUGUAUUUGUGUAAUGAUAGCUUUUAAAUGAACCCCUUACAAAAGCAUGACAGCUUCAUUUGUAAAUAAUGUCCCAAGAGGCUUUUGGUGUAAAAGAGUUGUGUUGAUGGUUGUUUGCUUCUUUUUUCUCUCUCUUUAUGGUUUUAUGUUACAGUCCAGUACAAUACUUCCAGCUAUAGGCAAGAAAGAGGUAGCAUCUUACUAGCUUGAUUCAUUUAUGUUAGCUUCAAAGACAUGUUUUAAACUGAGUCCUAGAAAAAAAAAAAAAAAGAAUAUCAUGUGACUUGCUUUAUCUACUUGUUAGGUAUUCAGAGGUUGCCGGCAUGCUUUUUUAGGCUCCUACACUGAUAUCAUUCUCUGUAUUUCUAUUUUUUUUUUUUUUUUUUUUUGUAUCUGUUAUGUUUAUGAGCUUUAGUAUACUAAUUCAGUUUUUGCACUUUGCAUCUAUACAAGGGGAUGUGUAAUAUUAUUAUAAUGAGGAGUUUUGCAAUGGUGAGUUUAGGUGUUGUUUGGGGUCAUUGAUGGCUACAGUGCCAAGGGAAAUGACAGUACCUUCAACAUACUUGUGCCAGUUUCUUUUUGCACGUGCUCAGUUUCAAACACCGUUUCACGACAGAAAACUUCCCUGAACAAAGCCUGAGAUCUUCCCCUAUCUCGGAAAAAUCUAUUCAGAAAGUGUCUCCAAAGUGUCUUGCGUCAAAAUUAAUCUAGGUGUGAUUAUAAACUGCUGUUUCACAAACAAAAAGGAGUUAAAUAUUGAUAGUCUCUCCUCCUACGUCUAAGGAGAAAUUUGUAUAUGGUUACGUUAUGAUCACAAUAAUUACUUCAACAGUUUAAUGAGGUAAUCUGUGUAAAGCAUGACAUUAGUGUGACAUUGUGAAAGUUAGCAAAGCAAAAGCUCAUGUUUGUUCUCACGAAAGGCAUCUUAAUGAAAUAUGAUUCUCCCAUGGAUUUGAAAAAAGUGAGAAAAGAUGACAAUAGUCCUUCAACUGUGACCAAAACAAAAGUGUAUGCGUAAGAGAAGAUGUUUCAGCGUGACGUUGUACUUAAAUCAUGCCCCAGUGGAUUAAUAUGAUGCACUUGAGUCUUAAAUCUUUUGCUGUGAUAUUUUCGGUAUCGGUUUCCAUUGCUGAGUGUCAGCUGCAAUUGUACUCUAUGAAAAAUGUUGCCAUUUUCCUGGCUGUUGACUGCAGCCAUUUUUAACAUGUCCAUGACUGUCUUACGGUACAAAUAUUUCCAGUAACUGGGCAAAGUAGCCAAGGGAAGGGGUAUUUAUUGGUGGGUCAUGUAUCUUCAUGGAGAUGUUUUUGUCCAGUAUAAGAAUAUUUUUUGUAAAAAGACAAAAAAUAGAGAUUGUUCCUCAGUUUGACUUGUUUAUCAAUGUAUUAGCAAUGCCAUGUCUUACUAUACAAGGAGACCUUCUCUUACUUGACUGGUGCUACACACAGAGGGGAAAAUAUGCAGUGUUAUGUGGUGUGCUGUACAGUAUUCGCAACACCUUACAUCCACAACAGUGUUGAGUUCCAUUUGUUUCAUACUUAAGCCAUUUUGUAAUAUAGACAUGACCUAUUCUAGUGAAAUAUUUCAUGUCUUUUUUUUUUAUGACUCCACCUAUAUGACAUGCAGUUUUCAGUCCUCUCUUCUCAGAGAUAAAGAGAACAAGACAGAGAGCUGAGGCUGAUGGAAAGGUUGCGGAGGUGGAAGGCUGACUAGGGAGGAAAGGAUGACGGCAACGAUCAUUAAAAAUGUGCUGCUUCUCCGUUACCUGGAGGCGUCCCUGCCAUUCCAGCUUCUUCUGUCUAAUAUCUCACUUGUCACUUCGUUACACUGCCAGACGCCAAGGUUGCUGACAUGACUGUGACACUGACAGAAAGAAAGAGAAUAAAAAGGACAGAGUGUGUGCUCUGAACAAUUCAAUUUGACUCAUUCAUUUUAGUUGAAUUCCAUUCAUCUGUUCACUUUCUACGUGUGCUUAUUCUUAUUCAGGAUUGCUGGUAAUUCAAUUCAAUUCAACUCCUUUCUUUCAUUCGGUUUUUCUCUUUGUCUGUCAGACCACAGUCAUUUAACAACUGCCUUACCCAUUUCUUCAACCCGCCACUCACUUACCACCUCCACACCCCACAGCGCAGGUCCUACAGGGACACACGCUAAUAGUGUAUGCUUAAGUUCACCGGACGGCCAUGGCAUAGGAAAAAGGGAUGGGUAAUUGCCUGUUUAUCCCAAGUGAAGGGAAAAUUGAGUACAGGAACCCUUGCCUUCUCCCAGGAGUGGGUUUCACUGAGGCGCUUGCUGCCUCAUUCACUCAUUCAAUCCCCCCAGCCCUCGCUCUGGCAGAAAUAAAAAAGUGCUACUCCAGGAACCCUGCUGACAGCUGUCUCUCUAACACACAGCCAUAAAAACACACACAUGCGCAACGGAGGAGAGUGGCACACACUCACAUAUGCUUCCUACUUACAGGCCAGAAGGAUGACAAGAGCUAGAUGACUUGUUAACCUCUAGCGAUGGAAGAGACAGGGGCAGAGAAAAAUAGAAAGUAUUCUCACCACAGGAGAUGAAACUCUCCAUCAAGCAUUAACAUUAUAGCCUGUGCCACUGCACAGAAAGCUAACAUUCAGCUGUGGAGAAUGGUGUGAGCCUGCAUCGAGUUAGGCAUGGAAAGUUCAAAGGUCUUAUCGUUAUUGUUAUUUCAUUAUAAAUAUCCCCCUAUGUUUAAUAACUAAUAAUUGGAUUAAAAUUUACCUCAAGAGGACCUAGAUUAAUUGAAGAUAAUCUAUUAACAAGGCCAGCAAGCUCAUAGACAGAACUGAACUCUCUAGAAUUGAGAGAGCUGUACACGCCCAACAUAUUAAAAGUUAUUUUAUUAUAAAUGUGCUGUACCCACAUUCAGACUUAGUUUUUUUUUAUUUUUUUACACAUUCCUCAUGUCCUAUUCUUUGCUGUCCAUUUCUCAAGCAGCAGCUGCUGUGCAUGACCUCUCUAUCUGUGUACUUGUGUGUGCCAGACAGAGAGCUGAAUAUCAUAGAAGAGAUUCCCUUACAACACCCUUCUCCUACACCCUACGGGCUCCUUGUGUGUCCUGGAUGGUGCUGGUCAUGCCAGUAGAGCUCAGAGCUGCAAGAUGCUGGAAAGAGAGCUGAGAAAACACACAAAUAGCCAGGCAGACAGACGGCAAGAGAGAGAAGGGAGAGAUGAAGGAAAGGGAUUGGGCGUAGGAAGUGGUCUGGCUAGAGCCUUGCGGCAGGCACUUAACAAGGCAGGGGAGAAAGAAAGGAACACAGGGAGAGAAGAGAGCAAGAGAGCAGAAGGGCCAGGACUCCCCAGGACUCAUUGCCAGCUUCUUCUUGAUUGCCUGCUGGAGAGCGAUCGAGCCACCCCUCACAUUUCCACUCCUCGCCCCUACACUCUGCUCUCCUCUGAGAAAUGACCACCAAUUUCCCCCACUCCUCUGAGAAAGCCCCCAAUCCAAUCUUUGUCUUUCUUACUUCUCCAGCCACAUGGGCCCAGGUGCAUUCUGCUACCUAGUGACCGGCCUACGGGACGGCAGGAACACGUCACUUAGAGCGCCUCACUGGCCCAGACCACUGGAGUGAAUCUUUAAUAUUUGAUUAGAUGAGCGUCAGGCAUCAAUUAUUCGGUAAUUCUACAUAGCACACUGAGGGAGGAGGAGAUGGAGCGGCUGAGCUGUUAAUCACUGUCCGUUUUGUUCACGUCACUGAGUGAGUGAGGAUGAGAGGUGACAUGGCAUGCAAACUGUCCAGUUAAUGUAGCUCAUGGAACAAAGUGGGAUUAAAAUAUUUGAUGGGACAUCUUAAGAAAUAUGCAGAUAGAAGAAAAACACACACAUGUGUAGGUUUGUAUAGAUGCUUCAGUCUCAUGUAUUAUGCUCAAAAAAAAAAAAAAAAUACCCUCAUUAAUUUGAACUGGAACCUGUGAAAUGUCAGUGAUCCUGAAAAAAAAAUACUGUAAAUUCAUGAAAUGUUUUCCAUUGUGCCAAUCAUAUUUUACAGUCUUAAAGUACAAAUAAGCUUGAAGACCUGGUGAAUUUAGAUUUUUUUUUUUUUUUUUCACUUGUGUUUUUGUGUAUCCAAUGCAUUUGUGUCUGUGUCUUAAAAAGCCUGUGUUAUGGCACUGGCACUCGACAGUGCUGCAUGGCUACAUAGUCGCACUGCAAAGAACAAACACAGCAGAGGAGCUUGUAUCACUUUGGUGUCAAAAUGGUGAUUUGGAAGCCUCAUGAAUACUGUAUGUUACCGAAACAGGUGUUUCCCAUUUGCAGAUAGGAGGAAAAAAAUUGUCCUCUUUUUAAAAGACUCUUUUCUGUUUUUUUUUCCUUUUCUUUUUGCCUUUCCUGUAUUUGUUUCUGUAUCAUAACUGUCUAUGGUUUUUGCAUAAAAUGCAAAAGGGUUUUGGGAUGUAAAUGGAAUUUUAUUCAUAUUUUGUCCAAAUACCUCUUGUAAUUUGUAUCAGAAUUCUUGUACAAUUUUUAUAUUAAAGAUUUAUCAGUCA